GGGCGGUGCCGGGAGCGCGGCCGAGCUCCCGGGUGGCGUAACCGCCUGUGGCUUUGCCCGGAGUGGAUCUGAUCCGCGCUUGAUGCGCCCAACGGGAGUGGGGCUCGGGAGCGGGCCCGCUCUCUGGGUAUCAGACGGGAGAAGGAACCGGAGCUCCGAAAGAGGUGGAGGCUGGAGGCCUGGGCUCCUCUGAGGCCCUCUCGGAGAAGGGCAGGGGGUCUGGAGAGCAGGGUUCUCAAAGAGAGAGAGGCUGGGGGAUAAGAAGAGAGGAGCUGGAUUGCUGGAUACUCGAAGGAGGAGGGGGCCGGGAGGUUUGGAUUCCUGGGUUCUCAAAGGAGAAGAGAGCUGGGGGCCUGCGUUCUCAAAAGGGGUUCUGUGGGUGGCUUCCUCUAUCCUCGAAGGAGGAAGGGCCUGGAGGUCGGGAUUCCUGUGUUGUCGGAGGAGAGGAGCUGAGGAACAUGUCGCCCGAAGAAUGGACAUAUCUAGUGGUUCUUCUUAUCUCUAUCCCCAUCGGCUUCCUCUUUAAGAAAGCUGGACCUGGGCUGAAGAGAUGGGGGGCAGCAGCUGUGGGCCUAGGGCUCACCUUGUUCACCUGUGGCCCCCACACUUUGCAUUCUCUGGUCACCAUCCUUGGGACCUGGGCUCUCAUUCAGGCCCAGCCCUGCUCCUGCCACGCCCUGGCCCUCGCCUGGACCUUCUCAUAUCUGCUCUUCUUCCGCGCGCUCAGCCUGCUGGGCCUGCCCACUCCCACACCCUUCACCAAUGCCGUCCAGCUGCUGCUGACACUGAAGUUGGUGAGUCUGGCCAGUGAAGUACAGGACCUGCACGUGGCCCAGAGGAAGGAAAUGGCCUCAGGCUUCAGCAAGGGGCCCAGCGUGGGGCUGCUGCCUGACGUUCCCUCUCUGAUGGAGACGCUCAGCUACAGCUACUGCUACGUGGGAAUCAUGACAGGCCCCUUCUUCCGCUACCGCACGUACCUGGACUGGCUGGAGCAGCCCUUCCCCGGGGCCGUGCCCAGCCUGCGGCCCCUGCUGCGGCGAGCCUGGCCGGCCCCGCUCUUCGGCCUGCUCUUCCUGCUCUCCUCCCACCUGUUCCCGCUGGAGGCCGUACGUGAGGACGCCUUCUACGCCCGCCCGCUGCCCGCCCGCCUCUUCUACAUGAUCCCCGUCUUCUUCGCCUUCCGCAUGCGCUUCUACGUGGCCUGGAUUGCGGCCGAGUGCGGCUGCAUUGCCGCCGGCUUCGGGGCCUACCCCGUGGCCGCCAAAGCCCGGGCCGGGGGCGGCCCCACCCUCCAAUGCCCACCCCCCAGCAGUCGGGAGAAAGCGGCUUCCACGGAGUACGACUAUGAGACCAUCCGCAACAUCGAUUGCUAUGGCACAGACUUCUGCGUGAGCGUGCGGGAUGGCAUGCGGUACUGGAACAUGACGGUGCAGUGGUGGCUGGCGCAGUACAUCUACAAGAGCGCGCCCGCGCGCUCCUACGUCUUCAGGAGCGCCUGGACCAUGUUACUGAGCGCCUACUGGCAUGGCCUGCACCCUGGCUACUACCUGAGCUUCCUGACCAUCCCGCUGUGCCUGGCAGCUGAGGGCCGGCUGGAGUCGGCCUUUCGGGUGCGGCUCAGCCCCAGGGGCCAGAAGGCCUGGGACUGGGUGCACUGGUUCCUGAAGAUGCGGGCCUAUGACUACAUGUGCAUGGGCUUUGUGCUGCUUUCGCUGGGCGAAACCCUCCGGUACUGGGCCUCCAUCUACUUCUGCAUCCACAUCCUGGCCCUGGUGGCCCUCGGGCUGGGGCUGGCUCUAGGUGGGGGCAGCCCCUGCCGGCGGAAGACGGCGUCCCCCCCCACCAGCCUUGCCUCAGGAAAGCUUCGGGAGGAGUAAGCUGUCGCGACACUCCCUCUGCUGUCGGUCCAGCUGCCAGGCUUUUGCCGCGGAAUUCUGUGAAGCAUGCUGCCGUCUCCUUUCCCAGAGAGAGUCCUGGAUAUGGCAGGGGGCCUGGAGAGGAUUCCCACUUCUCCAGCUCGGCACCGUGCCUGCAAAAGCCUCUGCCCUGAGGGCCCCAGAUGAUCAGUUUUCCCUCCUGUAAAAAUCAAGAUAUGGUCCAGACAAGACUCUCCCUUUGUCCCUGCCCAGCGCCAGGUAUUCAGAGAAAGCUACGUUUUCCCCCCAACAGCAGGGGCCGAUGGGCAACGUGGUUUCUUGGGCAAAUUUCCCUUCUUUGGCUCCACAGUGUGGGGUUAGGAGCUUCGGGGCAGGCUCUGGGAGUGGGGGACCUCUUUCUGGUCGCUUCCACUCUUGUCUCGUUAGACCAGUACGGAGUAAAACCCUCCUGGAACGGAGAAGCUGAGGCGCAGAUGUGCAGGCCUUUGGACUAUGGUUCUCGUAGGUUCCAUCUGAGCCACCCUAGGAUCCCAGCGCUCCUGUCACCCUCUUGUCAUCCUUUGACCUAAGAGGCUCAGAAUGUGUAAAUCUCUCCUAAUAAAGUGUCACAC